CGUGCAGUACUCUUAUGUACCACCCUGGUAUAUUGUUUCCUUACAGCAGCUAUUACAUUUGGAUAUGCACCACUCAAGCCGAUUUUGAUCCAAAAUGGCUUCUAUCAAGGUUCUUGUCACGAUCUUGAUGCUUCCGAGGAAUAUCCUGAAGGGCAAUCCUGCCCUGAACAAGUAUUGAGGUUGGACUCAAUGUUUACUAUUGCAGCUGCUGCUACACAUCUGGGUGCUCUCCCAGUAGGCAGCUUUCUUGAUCGAUUCGGGAGUAAAGCCACUGGCUACGCGGGGAGCGGGUUGCUAGCUCUCGGCGCUAUCCUCUUCCCACGAGCAUCUGUAAACCUCUUUGACGCACCGCUUGUGGGAUAUGUUUUCCUCGCUCUUGGUGGCCGCUUCGUCUUCACCUCAUCUUUGCACCUGCAUGGCUUGUUUCCAAAGCAUUCCAACUUAGUGGGAGCAUUUCUGGCUGGAUCUUUUGACGGAUCCUCGGCUGUGUUCCUUAUCUUCAGCUAUUUCCAUGAUAGUAGUAGAGUGUCCCUUGAGCACUUUUUCACGGCAUAUCUGUCCGUGCCAAUCUUUGUGUCUUUGGUCCUAUUUAUUCUCAUGCCGACACAAACAACUAGCAUCUCAUUGAUAGAUAUUGGUAAAGAGGACCUCGGAGACGAUGUCGCUUGUCUACUACCAGGCUACGAAAGCGAAGAAGACGCAGAGAUCCAAGAAAAGGCGCAAGGAACAACUACCGAAGAGUACAAAUUCAUUCGAUUAUCUAGCGAAUGGCCUCGGCUUCAUCGUCGUGCAGCAAUGCAACAGAUGAAGACAUCGUGGUUCUUCAUCCCAGCAGCAUUUACAGCUGUGCAAAUCUUGCGGAUCAACUAUACCACCGCCACGAUCCGACUUCAAUAUUCAUAUUUCUUAUCCUCGAAAGCUGCAGCCGACUCAUUGGCUGACCUUUACGGCUUCGCUCUCCCUCUAGGUUCACUGCUCAGCAUUCCUGUCAGCGCUUGGGUUGUGGCACAAGGCAACAUAGUAUCAAUCUGGCUCAUCGUCGUUUCGUCAGGGACUCUCGUUGGAUUGAUUGGCUGCCUCCCGUGGGAACUCGCCGGAACGAUAAACAUCUGGUUGUCAGUAAUUUACGCGCCAAUGUUUAUCGCCGCAUUGAUAGACUAUAUCAAAUGUGUCUUCGGACUGGCGACCAUGGGUACAAUCUUUGGGUCUUUCUUGUUCGUAUCCGGUAUCGUUGGUCUAAUCCAAGGCCCUCUGGAAGAUCUUACUGCGGUCCAUUUCGAGAACAACCCACUCCCUAUCAACAUGGUCAUGACUUCGCUCACGCUUCUACUCGGAAUAAGUCUUACGUUAUUCAUUUUUUGCAACACGACGAGGAAAGCCCGAUCGACACAGGUCGUCUCAACUGCAUAGAUGGAUGAGUUAUCUGGGUAUGGCAGAGAGCGAUAAUUGCACGUACAUGUUCAACCAUGUUUAGAAAGUGUGAGGGAAGCUAGGCA